GAGUGGACUCACGCUCGCGCAACAAUUGAAGAAAAAUGACAUCUCCUUCACGGGUUUCGAGCGAGACGUGAAAAAUGACUCUCGUGAUCAAGGUUGGGCGCUCUCCUUAUUUGGAGAAGCCUAUGACGUGAUGAAGACUUUGAUGCCAUCGGAAUCAGGACCGGUGGAGCAGACAAGCCAUCUUUACCCUCUCGAUCUCCAACCACAGUUCUUGUUGGUACGAGAAGGAUGCGGAAGACGUAGCACCCACGAAUUGCCUAGGUCCUGUAUGUCUAAUUGUAUUCUGUCUCAAGAGCUAGCUACAUAUUGAAAGUAGUAAGUCUUAUAUAGACUUACUGAAAGAGCUAGUCUCUUUCGCAUUCGCUUAGGGCUUUACUACAGUAACUAUAUUACAGUGGUAAUCGAAUUGAAGUCAUUCACUUCGCUCACACAGUUCUCUUUCUAUGAUAUCACUCAUCCAGAGUUCCGGGUCGGUGUCAUCACGGAUGGAACUCUCAAGGUCGUCCGAGCAAAUUGACGAAGAAUGCGAGAAUGGCUGAUGCAGGGUAUCGACGUGCAGUUCAACAAGCGCUUGCUUCGUGUGGAGGAGCAAGGUGAUAAAGUAACGGCGUAUUUUGAGGAUGGCACUUCGGCAACAGGUGAUUUCCUGGUCGUUGCCGAGGGUACACGUAGUGUAGUGCGCAGGCAGCACUUCCUUAAAGGCCAGGAUAUGAUGAAACCACCACCGAUCAGCUCAAUAUUCGGCGAGAUCUCACUCAGAGGCGACAGCUUCUCAAAACAGCUCACCAACUCACAUUCAAACUUUAUCAUCAUGGAUCCUAGCCUCGGUGGGGAUGAGCAGACCGCUAUCUUUUGCGCUCUCAACCGAAUAAGCCCUGAUGGCAAGACUCGCUAUUACUACUAUAUUCUUCUUUGGGUAGAUAAGAACACCCCUAACGUAAGCGAGAAGAAACGGGCGGAAUCAGCAUCACAGGAACAAUUGGCAGCAUUUGCGCGCGGGAAAACCAAUCAUUACCCGGACAAGCUUUGCUCUCUGAUCGAUAAAAUUCCUACGGAAGAACACAAUACUCCUGGCUUCCAGCUUCAAAGUGUGGAGUUAGAACUUGAACAAUUGCCACCUGGAAGGGUGUUGUUGAUUGGCGAUGCAGCACAUUCGAUGGCCCCACGUAAGUCUCACAAUCUUAUUUCGGCGUUCAACGCAGAUAUGGUUUCACGCAACAAGUUCGCGUCUAGCGUAUCCAACACCGUACUUGAGGCCUACGGCAAAGAGGCUAGAUUCAUUACAUUCGGGAGGGAAGCCGGAUUGAUGCCACCGAAGACUGUAAAAUUGCAAGAUGUAAAGAUUCUAGGGUAGAAUCGGAUCGAAUUUGUUAGGCAUUAAAUUAGUAAAAUGCCUUUCUAGAAGAAUAUAAACAAAUACCUCUUUGGGUUUAAAAGCUUUCGUAAAAAAUUGGAGCCCA